CACGUGACUCCUCCGCCGGCGAUUCCUCCAGAGUAGACGACGUCGCGUCGUGGCUUCGCUGAAAGAUGGCCGCGGUGGAGCAGCGCCCGCCCGUGCGGGAGGGAAUGCGGAUCGCGGUGCUGUGUCUGUGCUGGUACACCGUCAGCUCGGGCGGCAACGUGAUCAAUAAAAUCAUCCUCAACGGCUUCCCUUAUCCGGUCACGGUCUCUCUUUUCCACAUCCUCUCCAUCAUCGUGUUUCUCCCGCCGCUGUUGCGAGCCUGGAGCGUCCCGCGAGCGGAGGUGCCGGCCCUCUACUACCGCUGGUACAUCCUGCCGCUCGCCUUCGGGAAAUACUUCGCCUCCGUCUCGGCCCAUUUCAGCAUAUGGAAGGUUCCGGUGUCGUAUGCGCACACUGUGAAGGCCACCAUGCCCAUCUGGGUGGUUCUGCUGUCACGGAUCAUCAUGAAAGAGAAGCAAACCACAAAGGUGUACGUGUCUCUGAUACCCAUCAUCGGAGGCGUCCUGUUGGCCACGGCCACUGAGCUGUCCUUCGACGUCUCGGGGUUGGUCAGCGCUCUGGCCGCCACGCUCUGCUUCUCGCUACAGAACAUAUUCUCCAAGAAGGUCUUGCGUGACACAAGGAUUCACCACCUUCAUUUACUGAACAUCCUGGGAUUCAAUGCGCUGUUGUACAUGCUGCCCACAUGGAUCCUGGUGGACCUCUCCUCUUUCCUGAUGGAAGGAGACCUGUCGGAGAUUUCCAACGGGACCGGAACCGUCGUGCUGCUCCUCAUCAGUGGGAUCUGCAACUUUGCACAGAACAUGAUCGCUUUCAGCGUUCUGAACCUGGUCAGCCCGCUCAGUUACGCCGUAGCCAACGCAACCAAGAGGAUCAUGGUCAUCAGUAUAUCCCUGCUGAUGCUCAGGAACCCCGUCAGCACCACCAACAUCAUCGGCAUGAUGACGGCGAUACUCGGUGUCUUCCUGUAUAAUAAGGCGAAGUACGACUCCACCCGGGCCAAAAAGACGCCGCUGCCGGUGUCCACACAGGACCUGGUGUCGUUCGACAAGCCGCUGUCCAACGGGUCCGGGCCCUUCACGCACAGCUCAGACUUCCAGCACGGCCGGAGCACCGUUCUCACCGACCACUUCCAGUACAGCCGGCAGGCCUACACGAGCGGACACAGCGCCGGCCAGUACGUGGUGUAGGACUCGCACAGGGACUGUCCAAACGACUGGAGGACGAAUGUUUUCUCCAAUCCUACUGCUUUUGUCUUUCUUUUAUUUAUUUGGGUUGUCACGUUUAUUUUAUGAGGAGAUUCUCAGUGGUAUGUGUAGAUCAUAGGAAGGUGCCGGGAAUUGUUUCUAUUAUUAUUAUUUUUGCACAGGAUGCAUUUCUGAAUGUAGCGUCUUCAUCGCCAUCAUGUUCCUGCGAGCGAAGGACAGACGGACACUGCAAACACAAGCGCGUCAGGGUUGCUCGGAUUUUGAGUUUUAUUUGUAAAUAUUUUAUUUAUUUUUUAUAGGUUGACCAUAUCAUGGAAAACUCCCCUUUGAAUGUGUAAUAUCUGUGAAGGAUUAUUUUUGUUUCUGUGUUUAAAUCAUACAAAGAUCACUUGAAUCAUGAUGUACAUUCAUAUGCAUGAUUAUUAUUUUUUUGUACUGACGGGACGUCUUGGAUACAAUGGCCCGAACUCAUGGGUCAGGAUAAUACAUUUUGAAUAGGAAGGUUCAUAAAACAACUUUUUGUUGUUUGUUAGAAGUUUAAUUUGUUUCAAAUCUCAGUUCCUCAUAAGAAGUCAGGACAGUUUGUAAACACUGCUGAAGUUAGGGUUAAAAGCUGCUUUCUGGCCCUUUAAGAGAGUAAAUCUGGUGAUAGAGUACUACACCAUUAUUAGUAGCUGAAAGCGUUCAUAAACUCGCCAGAAUAUUUCUAAAAGUUUGCUGACCCGUUAUCGUUUUUGUUACACCAAUUUUAGCAAUAUGUGUGAGCUAGCUGUUUUAUUCCUCCAUUUCUACGCUGUCUUGCUGCUGGAAAGUUGGACACGUUCUUGCAUAACUGCGAUGAGAAAGGAGCUUGGGGAGAAUAUAUCUUUAAGUGUUGUUUAUUUUAAAAGGCGUCAUGAAGGUUCAGGUGACGUCUCAUUCAUUGGUUCUGUAACUUCAGGCUGUGGGUGUGGCCUCUUUUUUAUUGCUCCACACCUUUUGCCCUUUCAUUGUGACAUCACUAGAGGUGUGCUAAUGCUAUAAGGUGAUUGGUUGUAAGUGUACAAGAUGACACAACACAAGAUGCGAGUUAGCACUGGACUCUCAAUGUCUCAAACUGAGAUUUUAAAGGACUUUUUUUGAUUUUUGUGUUGUAUUAUACAGUAAAUAAUAGUCAACUGAGCCUAAACCUUUGGGAUAUUCAGCUCAACAGAACCCAUUUCUCAGUGGCUUCACCUUCCCAUUCAGAAUAUAAUGCACUACUGUCGUAUUUGAUACGUUUCAGUCGGCUUCAGAAGAUCUGAGCUCUUUCCCUGGAGAUUCAUGUGUGUCGCUAUAAUCUGACAGUCAUGUUGAGUCACAUUUUAAUGUUCGUUUGUGUGUUUUUUUUUAUGGUGAGGAAACACACUUUCUGUGUCGAUAGUUUUGCCUUCAGCCAGUGUUUAUAUGAUUUGAUUUUAAGAUGCCUUGGUACGGUUAAUGUUGCGUUUUUGUUUCUUGAAAACUUAAAGGUUAUAAGAUGAAUUAUUUUUAAAUGUGAAAAUAAAGAUUAAUUGAUAAAG